AUUCCCACUUCACAGCCAAACCUCCCGCUUUCAUCCACCCAAACCCAGCUUACCCAGAGCACAGCAGGUUUUAAGAGCUUACAAGGAUCAUCACCGCAUAACCGAAUGCGGCCAAGAACCUGACCACCACAACCUGACGACCCUGAACUGAACCAUCUCCCUGCACAACGCGAUAUCUAAAUUAGCGGUCAACUUCUGCAACUGCCAACCCAGCCCCUCGGCCACGCCGCGAAUCAUCAGUUAUUUAACUUACUCGCGGGGAUACUUCUCAGAACCGCACAACCUAAUACAAGUGCAAUAUUACUGCGAUUCCUCAAGCCGUAUGUCCGGCAAAAGACCCCGAGCCGCAUACGAGGCCGAUGGUAGCGGAGGAAGCAAUUCGAACUCAGCUCCGUUCGUUGCGUUCGGGACCGCGCUGCCGGCAUUAGAUCCCGAGACCAGGGAUGAUGGGAGUUACGUUCCGGUUUGGAAACAGGAGGUUACGGAUGAGCGUGGAAGGAAGAGACUACAUGGGGCUUUCACGGGAGGCUUUAGUGCUGGGUAUGAUGCUGGCCUCGUUUAGUUCGAUUUUAUUGUGUGAUCGAGGGCUAAUGGUGGGUGAGUAGGUAUUUCAAUACUGUCGGGUCUAAGGAAGGUUUAUUUGCUCCGUCGAUGCAAUUGAAGUGCUUGCGAGGCGGAGAGGCUAACUAAUGACAGGAUGGACUCCCGCAACCUUCAAGUCCUCCCGGGGCGCACGAGCGAAGGCUACUCAAUCUCGGCCCGAAGACUUCAUGGAUGAGGAAGAUCUCAAGGAGGCGGCAGAAGCACAGACUGUCGAAACGGCAUCCGGGUUUUCCGGGAUCGGAUCUACAGAGGAGGAGCUUGGCCGGAGCGUCAGACGAGUUACUCUGAUGGACCUUCUUAUGCCUGCUGUGCAAGAUACGAUGGGUGCCGGGCUCCUUAAGAAAAUGGGUUGGAAAGAAGGGCAAGGUAUUGGCCCCAAGGUCCGGAGGAAGGCUGUGAUUGAUGAUGCCGUGGACGAUACCGGGAAGACCUAUUUAUUUGCGCCGACAAAUAGUGCAGUUGUUACGCUCACAAGGAAGAAUGACUCCAAAGGACUGGGGUUUGUGGGCGAGGACAGACUGCAGCCGCAAAAAGGGUCAGAGAUCGAGCGUCCGGCUGUGAAGGAAAAAAAGAGGAAGGGUGAUGGGUUUGGAGUGGGGGUUCUGAACGAUGAUGGCGAAGACGACGAGGAUCCUUACGAGAUCCGGCCGAAGAGUGCCUAUAAUCGCGUGAUCGGGGGUGAGAAGAAGAAGGCUGCAAUUGUGAAGAAGCCGGCUAGACAUGUUUUUAUUUCCAAGAGGUUGGGUAAAUCGAAGGCUUCGACGUCCCUGCUAAAAUGUCAUGAUGGGAGGUUACCUCUCGAAGGCUUUAUUCUAUCCACAGAGCCAGUUCAGACGCAGGAUGGCUGGUAUCCUCCACCUACGGUUCCAGAGGGUUGGAAGCCAGUCGGCUUGUGGGCUCCAGGGGUUCAGGAUACCAAGCCCACCGCUGCUCUGAAUCUGCAGCAGAAGCUUGGCCCUCAUCUACGGGGAAAGUUGCUGGGGGAAACGCCAUUGCCGGGAAAAUCGGUCUUCGACUUCCUGACUCCAGCCGUGAGAGAGAGGCUUGCCAGUGUUACGGGGAAUCAGAACCUACCACCAGCCUUGGGCGAAGCUCCACCCACCACGUAUUCAAGCUCAUCGUCGUCUAUGGCAGGCCUUGUCCCUAAACUUGACAAGACCCAGGCCUUGGGCGCAUUAAAGGGAGGUUUCAUGCCGUACGCAGACGAUCUCGAGAAGAGAUCACGAUACCGAGCAUUCUUGGAAGUGCAAGCAGGGCUGAGAGAAGGGUUACCGGAUAGGGUAUGCCCAAAACCCCCACUACUCUCCAGUGUCAAUCACAACUGACGAGGUGCAGAAAUACGGCAUGAAUACCCAGGGCUGGGUUCAAGAAAUGAACGAGUUCGUGGGUGCGGCGCGCAUAUUCAAGCCAUUGACCGGGAUGAUAGCCACUCGGUUCACCUCAUCUUCCUCGUCAUCUUCAAAUAUUCAGGGAAAUACCGAUGCGCCAACCGACCCAGACGUACUCAUCCAUCGUCCCCAGAAAAAGCCAGAGGACCCUGCACAGGCCGCCGCUCAAAUGUCUAUGUAUGGCCCAUUAACUCGGUCCGUCAUAGACUUCUACCCAUCAAGGCUGCUAUGCAAACGGUUUAACGUCCCGCCACCCAAUUAUUCUGAAGUGCCGGCCAGCACUGGGGAGGGGUCCGCUGGCCCGCAGAAUGGGCCUGGCCCCUCAAGAGAGCUGGUUGCCAGGGCUCAGAUUGCGGAUAUGAUGAAGGAGGUGAAAGGCGAUGACAAGUACGAGCUCCCGGAGAUGGAGCGGAAACCCGUUGUUCCGACAGUGGAUACCGAGAGGAACGAGGCUCUGGAAGGGGAGAGGGCCGGGGAGGAAGUUUUUAAGGCAAUCUUUGGAGAUUCGGAUGGUGACUCGGACGAAUAGGUGUGGAAAUAAUCGAAUGGCAUUGCAGGAUUUUGUUCAUAUUUUUCUCGGAUGGAAAUAUGGCCGUUAUUUAUCAUAGACUUCUUACA